AUGGCUACUACUACUGCUACUACCGGCGUUUCUUCGUGUGUUCCCUUUUUCGUGAGCGCGAGCGCGGGCGAGCUUGGCUAAUGCUGUGGUAGUGAUAGUGCUGGCGGUAGCGGCGGGGGGGAGGAAACGUUAACGCAGACGCAGAAGGAGAUACUCGUUGAGUUGAGGAAGAGUUUGGGGACUUUGAGGGUUAUGUUUGUUCUUGUUUUUUUUUUCCUGCUUGGUUUGAGUGGGGUGGCUGGCUGAUGACGACGGUAGAAAUGAGACUUUGGUGAAGACGAUUGCGGUAGCCGGCGAAAUGGGUGGGGAGGAUUCACCUGGUGGUGGUGGAUUGGCGGAAGCACAGAAGGAAGCCGCAAGGGAGGUUAGGAGGGUUAUCGGCUCGGCGGUUUGGAAGGGUGGUGAUGAGGGGGAGAGCAGAAGCGGACCAAGGAGCGAAGGCGGCGGAAGGGGGGAAGAUGGGCGGGUGAGGCUCUAAGUCAUGGGGGGCAAUGUUUCAUCGGCUGUGAUAUGGUUAGGCAAGGUCAAUGUACUCGUACCGUACUCGAGUAAGUUACAGCAUAAGUAGUGGGGAAUCCCGCACAUCCAUCAGCCCUGCCCCAACCUUCUUCUCCAAAAUUGGUUCCGUUUGUUCCCAGACCACCCAAGGCAUGAUGAG